GUGGUUUCUUCUCUUCUACACGUGUCUUGUAAUUUAGAUGAACUCCUGGCACUCAAAGAAAUCAUUUAGCAUGUGGUGUUCAACACCUGAAUAUGGCAUCAAAACCCAGCAAGGUGACUGCAAAUGGUGAUGAAUCGACUUAUUCUGUCCCCCAGAGGUCAACUACAGCUACACCAGCAGGAAGAAAAAUCCUGCCGUCCGUCCCCGAUCCAGCUACCCAGUUACAGUUAGCUACAAAGAUGAUUGACAGGAAAACCAGCACACCGAAGGGAAAUCAUAGUUAUGGGCCGUUCUUCUUAGAGUAUUCAUUAUUGGCGGAGUAUCAUCAGCUUCAAUCACAAAAACUGCCAGGAGUCUACGUGAUUCCUUCUGCUAAGUCAACACUAGUUUGGAACGGUGUGUUGUUUAUAAGACAGGGCCUGUACCAGGAAGGCGUGUUCAAAUUCAACGUGGUCAUACCAGAAAAUUAUCCCGAUGGUGAUUGUCCGCGAUUGAUAUUCGACCCUCCUGUGUUCCAUCCUGUUGUGCAUCCAGACACGGGUGAACUUGACUGCAAGAGAGCAUUCCAAAAAUGGAGGCGCAACGUGAACCACCUCUGGCAGGUGCUACUUUAUGCAAGACGUGUGUUCUACAAGAUCGAUACUAAAACACCACUCAACCCAGAAGCAGCAGUAUUAUAUGAUCGUGACCUGGAACUCUACAAACAAAAAGUGUAUGAAUCCAUCCAGAUAUCAAAGGAAAAGUUGUAUGAUCCUCCGAACAAUGAUGACCCUCAUGCAAUAAGAUUCAGUCAAUUGGAUCCCGCCGUCCAUGACGAGGCCAAGCGCCAGCUUCAACCAAAGCGAAGUUCUACAAAGAAAUCUAUGAAGUUGAGCACUGAUGGUACUGGGAGCGAGAAUGCUCAGACGUCCGGGCUUUCGUGGAUGUCAUCGGGAAGUACGCAAUUAUUCACACGUGAGGAUUCAGCAACGGCUUAGCAGGCCUAAUCCUUCUACACCGUUAGUUUGUUUGGCUUGGUAUAAAGUUCAUUCAGUACAGGACAUAUCACUGCCUACGUGCUGUGUGCAAUUUUUACUACAGAAUGAAAAAUUAUGUGUAAAACGACAGUACUCAAUUCUAGUAAGUGGACUUUGAUUUUGCAUGGAUUUUUGCAAUAGUUUAUUUCAAGGAUUGUUUCUAUCUUGUGCAUUCUGUAACCGGGCCAACAAUGUGCUAGACAUCUGAAGGGAUGGAACAAGUGGAUGGUCCUGGGCCAAGUUUCAUCAUUCAAGAGACACUUUGAAGGGGGUUUUCUCAAACACUGUAUGACAGAACAGUAGGCAAGGUCAUGCUCUGUGAAUUUAUCCUUGCUGUUGGGCACUGAAUGACAUCUUUCACAACGCAACUAGCGUCAAAGUAUUUUUAUCCUGUUUGUGGGUCAGCGCCAUCUUUGGCUGUAGUUUAUAACCUGGCACCUCCUUGGACGGAACUGGUGCAAGCAACCAGUCAAGAGAGAAGAGUUUGCUUUAUUUAAUCAUGUUCAGAGGACAAACUUACCGCUGAUGUCUGUUUCUGGUUCCUUUUGAUGAGGAGAUUGUGCCUGCAAAUGCUGGGGGCUAUGAUAAUUAUUGCAAUAAGCGGCAAAUAACAGGUUGUCUGCUCAGCCUGGAGAAUGAAUUCCCCACGUUGCUGAGCAUCUUAUCAGGCCUUCCAGUUAGCCGAGCUUGCCUGUCCUGCAGGAAAGGAAAUUUUAUUUCAUAAAGUUAGAAAAACUGUGUUGUUGGGUCUUUCAACGAAACAUUGUUGUGUUCAACUGGUAAUAAGGUUCUUCAAGCAUGAUUUGCAUCAAAUAUAGAGACAAAUGCACUGCUGGUUUGUCCUAUGGAAAGCGAACAAAUUGUGAAUUAUGCAUGGAUUGAUUUUGUGCGUGUACCACAGAGUAACCCGCUUGUUAAUUUACCUCGAGAUUAGUGGAUAUUAUGACAUAUUGUCCAUGUUACCAGAUGGACACAAUUUAUUUCAAAAACAUUUACCAACAAGAUUUAGGAUGUUAUGCUUGUGAGGAAACCAUUCUCCCAGGCCUCAGGAAGCACUAUCCAGGGCAGUCUGCUCAUUAAGUUGGAAGGCCUGAUAAGAUGCUCGGCAAUUUGGAGAACUCAUUCUCCAGGGUACUGCUGGUUUAGAAUAGAUAUAUUUAUCACCGAUCAUGUGGAAGGUACCUGCAACGACCAUUGCAAACAAGAAACUUUUCUUUCAUGCAUUGUUGCUGGUCACACAAAACCAACCAUCUGAAUGUAUUAAAACUCUGACUACGCCAUGUCUGAAAUUCAUCAUGCUUUAUUAGCACCUUCGUGGCUGAUGUUUCACCCCCCCAACACCCCCUUUUCAGACCUCCAGAAAAAAAAAAGUACAAAAGGUUGCUGCAUAAGGUCUUCUGCAGCAGCUUCUCCAAGACAAGGUGACGGUCUUCUUGAAUCAAUUAUGCUAGCGUCACUCCUUAACUAUAUUUUAUUUUCUGGUUGAAAAAUGACCCUCCUUUCCAACACCCCCCCCCCCCCCCCCCAAAAAAAAAUUCCAGAAGUCUGAACAAAUUUAUCCUGACAUUAAAAUGGGUUUGUCUUUUCAGUUUCUGCCCCGCCCUGAAGAUGGCGAUAGUGUAGUUCCUGUCUCUGACAACCAACUCAAAUAGGGUGUUGGGGGCACAUGGAUCUACAUGGUUCGGCCAUGAAGGUGUUAAUAACAAUAACAAGAAAAUCUAUAGCUAUAUUCUAAUAUUUCUCAAAGCUUCCUUUAUUAUACAGGGUGACGGCAGGCUGUACUUGUAAUGAAAUAAUUAUUUCUGUUGAGCUUUCGAAUGCUUAUGCUUUGAAAAAUAAAACAUUGUCAUGUUCUCGUAAUGAAAAAGGAAAUUAGGAAAGGUAAAAACCGAUGAAGAAAUGGGGUGGUUCCAAAAUGUUGAAAUAACGAAUUUGCUGUUGCUGUGGGGUGCUGUUUUUGAGUUCUUGUAUUUGUACAUGCAAGUGACCUUUCACAUAAGGGCCAUUUAGAUGCCCAGGUAAAAAGCCACAAUCGAUUCGACCAUAUACAACCCACAUCAAGGUUCCCAAUCCUGUGUGCCUUUACACGUUCAACUUCUAUCUGGCCCACAAGCGGUCUAAUUGUAAUGCAUAUUAAUGAAAGCAGAUGCUCUCAAUGUAGUUUUGAAACAAGAAAUGUGCUUAAUUGUACAUGUACAUGCCUUCUUGGACAUUUGAGUACACAACAAAGUCAGAUGGAAGGUUGACUUUGAAUCCAAAGUCAUCCACAUGAUUACUGAUUAGUUUGCAUUUACACAAGGAAAUUUUGACCACAUUCAAAUUCGAUCGAAUAACAUUGGGGUUUUCUCUGAAUGUCUAAACUGCCCUAUUGUUCAACCUGUGGUAUGUGGCUUGUUUCCCAAAAACAAAUAAUAAACAAAACCUUUGCAGCCUGAAUCAGGGUGUUUCAUUAUCGUAACCAUUAUUAAUGAGAUUUAAUUACCAAUUUUAAUUCAUUUUGCUGUAUUUUCAUCUUGCUUCAUACAUUACAUGUUUCACAUACUAGAUGUCGCAAUUAUGAUUUCAAACCAAUGUAAAUAGUUCUAUAAAUAUAUGAAGUUACAAUCAA